AUGGCACACUCGAACAACAAACAAACAUCGACAAGCAUCAUUCUACAAGGAGCGUCGGAAUCCCGAAAUGGCAAAACCGUCUCCUCAUCCAUCACAGGAAGUAAAACACAUGACAAACAGGCGCAUAGGUCCUUCUUCAAAAAAUUUGCUAUCCUUUUUGUUGUUGCUUGCAUCUGCUUAACGCAUCCAGAUGACUUCGAAACACAAGAAGAACGCUUGCCCCAAUUACACGUAUGUAACAGAGUUGCUCGCAGUUUAGCAAAAGGAAAAGCAACUCCAUCAGAAGAUGAGCUUGAAUUAGAACAGAUGGAAUGGCCACAAGGGGAACAUGCCACAGGAACCUUGGAAGAUGCAAAAGAAGGACUAUAUUCUCACGAACAAUUAGACGAAGAAGGAAAAGAAGAUUAUUAUGGACAGGAAGAAGAAGCUAUUCUAGAAGAAUGGACACCAGAGGAGCAAGAGGAGCAACAGGAGCAACAGGAGCAACAGGUACAAGAAGAAGUACAUUAUGAUGGAGAACGCAACAUAGAACAUGAUGCGAGGGAAGAAGAAGUCCAUGAAGAUAAAAGGGAUGAAUUCUUAUCUGGGGAUUCUAGAAAAUUAGACAGAAAUGGAACCGAUAGUUCGAUUGCAUUUCAUUACGAAAUGACUUGUUUCGAUGAACGAUUGAGAGAUUCUGAAAUAAAUAAAAGAUUAGAACAAAUGGAAGAAGAACCUCAUAAAUGGGAAUUACUGUCCCUAUAUUGGCAAUCAUACAGAAAUGAAAGAAGUAAAUAUCUUGCCCUUAAAAAAUCUUUGCAAGAAAAAUUUAUAGAGUUGCAAAAAAAGCAAACUAUUGCAUCUGUCCAAAUAUAUAACAACAAAUGGAAAAAAUGUGAAGAGAUAAUUAAUAAUAACUUGACAAAACAAAACGAACAUGUUAAUGAAGUAUUUCGUACCAUGGUGGCAAAGGAAAAAUUGAGCACAUAUGAAUUCGAGAAGAUUUUAUAUGAUUUCAGAGAAUCAUGGAAAGAAGUCACCAUUCAGACAAAGAACGAAUGCAUAGCUCUGCUUGAAGAACCAAUUUUGUUAGAAGUCAUAUACAUCCAAAUUGAUACCCGUAAUAUAGGCAUGAGGAUUUCAGGUCUUACGGUCCCCGGUAUUCCUUAUUGA